GGUCCAUUUUGUCAGCAUUGGGUUCGGCCUCCUUACCUCGAGUCUCUAUGGGACAAACCCACGGUCUUAAAUCAAACCAUAGGGACAAACUGUCAGUCUCAGAGGGCAGAUGUUUGUGCUCGGUUAGUAGAUAUUGUGUGCGACAGGUGCGUACCAACUGCAACGACAACUAUCUCUGUCGGACGCGCUGCGCCUCCCCCCCCCCUCCCAUUACCGUAGCGCUCGUUCCAGCGUAAUAUAGAGAUCAGUGACUGAUGGCUGGUGUUGAAAGCGGCCCAAACAGGAAAAUACAGUUAAUUUCGUGAAUGACUGAUAGUGAUACAGAUUCGGCAAACGAGUAUACACGUUUGAUGGACGGGCACGUUGCCGAAGUUCGCCCAGACGGGUUGGUCUCUGAUCGGAGAAAACGACGUUCAAAAAGCCACGAACGUCCCGUGGCAAGCGAGACUUCCUCACAGGGGGAAAAUGGAGUUCCAGAUGUUCGCAUCGAAACGCCAGGGUCUACAACUCUCGUAAUACCAGAACGAAGAAGACAUGGAUCAAAUUCUGGGGGCCCACCUAAUAACUCUGAUGAAUUCACAAAUGAAGAUGAAGAGGAAUUGAAAUAUGGAGCUGCUCACGUCAUAAAGCUAUUCGUCCCAGUAUCGCUUUGCAUGCUAGUAGUGGUUGCCACUAUCAACUCCGUCAAUUUCUACACAAUCAAGGACAUAUAUUUAUUGUAUACACCAUUCCGCGAAGAAAGUCCACAUACGAGUACGAAGGUAUGGCAAGCCAUUGCCAAUUCGUUCAUACUGAUGUCAGUCAUUGUGGUAAUGACUGUGAUAUUAAUUCUACUGUACAAGUAUAGAUUUUAUAAAACUAUACAUGCUUGGCUAAUCCUGAGCUCUUUGAUGCUCCUCUUCUUAUUCUCGAUAUUAUACUGCGAGGAAGUGCUGAGGGCUUAUAAUAUACCAAUGGAUCUUAUAACAUUUUCCAUUGGUUUGUGGAAUUUUGGAGUUGCUGGAAUGAUCUGUAUUCACUGGCAGGGGCCGCUACGUCUGCAACAAGCCUAUCUAAUUUUCAUUGCUGCAUUAAUGGCCCUGGUGUUCAUCAAGUAUCUACCUGAGUGGACCACUUGGGUUGUUCUCGGAGUCAUUAGUAUUUGGGAUUUAAUAGCUGUGCUCACACCCAACGGACCUCUUCGAAUACUAGUUGAGACAGCACAAGCGAGAAAUGAGCCAAUAUUCCCGGCAUUAAUUUAUUCUUCGACGAUUCUCUAUACCUUCACCAUGAAUUAUGUUGGCUAUGUAGCUACACCAACGGUGUCUAUGGCCAGUGGCGAUGCAGCUGCAGGUGAUACUGUUGGCUCACCAACUCCUACACAAACACGGAGAAGUGCUGGAGCUGGAGAUUCAGAGGAAGGUGGUUUCACUAAUGAAUGGGUAGCAACACAUGCUGAUCGAAGUGCGAGGAGAGCUAGAGAAAUUAGAGAAGAGCCCUCAUCGUUAACUGAGCCUUCUCGACCUGGUCAGUAUAGGAACGAGUCGCAACAGCAACAGCAAGCUGCCAUGGAAGAGGAAAGAGGAAUUAAGCUGGGCCUGGGAGAUUUUAUUUUCUAUUGUGUCCUAGUUGGCAAAGCGUCCAGUUAUGGUGACUGGAAUACGACACUGGCUUGUUUCGUGGCCAUAUUAAUUGGCCUGUGCCUGACGCUGCUCCUCCUAGCUAUUUUCAAAAAAGCUCUACCAGCUCUUCCGAUUUCAAUCACAGUUGGUUUAAUAUUUUAUUUCGCAACUAGAGUGAUCGUUGCGCCAUUUGCGGACAGUCUAGCCAGUGAACAAGUAUUUAUUUAACUUUCGGGACUUUGGAUUGAAGUGACGUAAAAAAAAUCAUAUUUCGCAAUUUACGUCAAGUGAUUGUGACAUCAUGUAUAUCGUAAUGAUGAAUUGUAAAACCGAAUGGUUUUACGAAAACAAACGUGCCGUUUGAAAAGCCCGUGAGCCAUUCGUUCUAUAAAACCAAGUGCUGCUGUUGCACAGCACGUCAUACACUUGACACAAUCUAGUUUGAUAAUAAACUUUGUAAUAUGUAUUGCUAGUAAAUUAGCACCUGUCCACGAUAGUUUUCAUGACUUUACUAUACAGCGAGAAAUGGUCACUACUUUGAUAUAGUAAAAACGUUUUGAUCUACGAACGUGAACGUGAGUGUAUGUAUUGAGAAGGUUAGAAGUUGAAACUUAUUCCAAUGAUUGGGUGGUAUAUAUUUAUUAAGUUCCGUUGCUGACAACUAAAACACUUUCAUUCGGUCUGUAAAUAAAGGAACGAUGAACAAUUCGG